AUGGCAACAACGAAGAUGAUAAAGCAGUUGUUACCUGACAUAGCGCAUGCAAAGGAGCAGCAGGUGCUGGAGCAGGGCCAUGUUGAUGCUGGAGUCAAGCCGGACCGCCUCUCGUGGCCGGCGUCGAGGCCCAGGACGCCCAAGAAUGUUGUUCAAGCCCGGCUGAAGCAGGACGCCGGUCUGCCUGAUACCGGACUCACAAUUGACGAUUUUGAGCUCAUCAAGACGCUCGGUACAGGCACCUUUGCUCGGGUAUGGUUUUCCAGGUUGAAGACUGCCGAAGAAUCCGACAACAACAUCUUUGCUCUGAAGAUACUCAGGAAAGCCGAAGUAAUAAAGCUGAAACAAGUCGAACACGUACGAAACGAGAGCAAGUGCCUCUCCAAGGCUGCCGGUCACCCCUUUAUAACAACGCUAGUCACUACCUUUUCGGACGAACAAUGCCUCUAUAUGCUGCUUGAAUACUGCCCUGGCGGCGAAAUAUUCAGCUUUCUCCGGCGAGCUCGCAGAUUCAACGAAUACACCUCUAGAUUCUACGCUGCGGAAAUAACCUUAGUGAUCGGGUAUCUCCAUGAUAUGCAUGGAAUAGCCUACCGCGACCUCAAGCCCGAAAACAUCCUCCUCGACCAUGAAGGCCAUCUCAAACUAGUCGACUUCGGCUUCGCAAAACAACUAUAUAAUCUUGAGACCUAUACCCUCUGCGGUACACCGGAAUACCUCGCUCCUGAAGUCAUACACAACAGUGGUCAUGGCCUAGCAGUCGACUGGUGGGCCCUGGGAAUCCUCAUUUACGAGUUCAUAGUUGGCCAACCGCCCUUCUGGGACUCUAACCCAAUGGGAAUAUACGAAAAGAUCGUUGCAGGCUGCAUCCGUUUUCCCGCGAACAUGCCUGCCCCAGCUAAGGAUAUAAUUAGUGCUCUUUGCAAAGUUAAUCCGUCAGAGCGGCUGGGCCAUAUAUCCGGAGGAAGCCAGCGUGUUCGCGACCACCCGUUCUUUGAAGGCAUCAAUUGGGAUGAUCUAUAUAAUAGGCGGGUUAAUGGCCCGAUUGUGCCGCAUAUAAGCCAUGCUGCUGAUACGGCGAAUUUCGAGGAAUACCCGGAUCCUCCGGAUCCAGCUACGCAGGCUGCGUAUACGGAUGAGCUGAAAGCGCGUUAUGAAGAGAUAUUCCAGGACUUUUAA